UAGUUCAUUUUGCUUCGAGUUUUCCUGAGGAUUAAAUUUUAAUUAUGUCGGGAUUUGAUGAUUUAGGUGUGUUUUAUAGUGACAACUUUGCAUUUGGUGAUCAGUCAGAAACAGAUUCUCAACGAACGGACUUUCAAGCUGCUAAACGACGGUUAAAAGAAUUUAUUCGUCAGUUUCAUGAAGGAAAUUUUGUUUAUUACUACAGGGAUCAAUUGAAGCAACACUAUAAUUUGCAGCAAUAUUGGCUUGAAGUAUCCCUAGAAGAUUUGACUAGUUUUGAUGAGUUGCUUGGAGAGAAACUAAACAAACAGCCAACUGAAUAUCUACCAUUGUUUGAAGAAGCUGCCCGAGAAGUUGCCGAUGAAAUUACAAAACCUCGUCCUGAAGGAGAAGAAAAUAUCCAUGAUAUUCAAAUUAUGAUGCGAUCAAAUGCCAAUCCAUGUUUAAUGAGAGAUCUGAAGUCAGAUCACAUUUCAAAACUUGUGAAAAUUCCUGGUAUAAUUACUGCUGCCUCAAGUGUCCAGGCUAAAUCUACAACAAUUAGUAUCCAGUGCCGUUCCUGUAAGGAAAUUGUUCCCAAGAUUAAAAUUAAUCCUGGUUUUGAUGGUUUAAAUUUGCCUAGAAGAUGCAAUAGUGACCAAACAACUGGUCAACCUCGUUGUCCUGUUGACCCAUAUUUUAUCAUACCAGAUAAAUCUGAAUGUGUUGAUUUUCAAGUUUUGAAAAUGCAAGAAUUGCCAGAUCAUGUUCCACAUGGAGAAAUGCCUCGCCAUAUACAACUAUACUGUGACAGAAAUUUAUGUGAAAGAGUAGUACCAGGCAAUCGAGUUACUGUUCUUGGAAUUUAUUGUAUUAAGAAAUUUACCAGAGCAAAGAGAGGUCCAUCUGAGAAAGCAAACAUAGGUAUACGUAAUCCCUAUGUUCGAGUUAUUGGUUUAUCUGUUGUAACCGAGGGAGCAGGCCGAUCAACAGGCAUCUCGUUUACUCCAGAAGAAGAAGAAACAUUCCGUUUCUUAGCUAGCAGCCCUAACAUUUUUGAAAGAAUAACAAAAAGCAUUGCUCCAUCAAUCUAUGGAUCUCUUGAUAUUAAAAAAGCUAUAGCCUGCAUGUUAUUUGGUGGAUCAAGAAAAAGAUUACCCGAUGGCUUAACAAGAAGAGGGGACAUAAAUAUUCUUUUGCUUGGAGAUCCUGGAACUGCUAAAAGUCAGUUGUUGAAAUUUGUAGAAAAAGUAGCCCCUGUUGGAGUCUAUACUUCUGGAAAAGGUAGCAGUGCUGCUGGCUUAACAGCCUCUGUCAUUAGAGAUCCAGUAUCUAGAAAUUUUAUCAUGGAAGGCGGUGCUAUGGUUCUUGCUGAUGGUGGUGUGGUAUGUAUUGAUGAGUUUGAUAAAAUGCGGGAAGAUGAUAGAGUCGCUAUUCAUGAAGCUAUGGAACAGCAAACAAUCUCUAUUGCAAAAGCGGGUAUCACAACCACUCUAAAUUCUCGAUGUGCUGUAUUUGCUGCUGCUAACAGUGUUUUUGGCAGAUGGGAUGAGACCAGAGCUGAGGAAAACAUUGAUUUUAUGCCAACUAUUUUAUCUAGAUUCGAUAUGAUUUUUAUUGUCAAAGAUGAGCAUGAUGAACGUAAAGAUAGUAGACUUGCGAAACAUGUGAUGGGUCUUCACAUGAAUGCUUUGCAAAGUACUGAAGAAGUGGAAGGAGAACUCAGCCUUGCAACAUUAAAGAAGUAUAUUGCCUUCUGCCGAUCGAGAUGUGGUCCUCGCCUUUCACAUGAAGCCUCAGAAAAGUUGAAAAACUAUUACUUUUACAUGAGGGGUAACAGAGAAAAUCAAAGUGAUAAAAAAUCAACUAUUCCAAUCACUGUAAGGCAAUUAGAAGCCAUUUGCAGGAUUUCAGAAGCCCUUGCUAAGAUGGAACUUCAGCCAUUUGCAACUGAAAGACAUGUUGAUGAAGCUAUGCGUUUGUUUCAAGUGUCUACUCUUGAUGCUGCACAUUCAGGAGAUCUUGCUGGGGCAGAAGGUUUCACAACUGAAGAAGAACAUCAUACCUUGUUAAGAAUUGAAAAGCAGUUGAAGAAAAGGUUUGCUAUUGGCUCUCAAGUCUCUGAAUUUAGCAUUGUGCAAGACUUUUUAAAACAGAAAUAUCCUGAAAGAACAAUUUAUAAAGUUAUAUAUUCUAUGAUAAGAAGAGGUGAGCUUCAACAUCGUUUACAAAGAAAAAUGCUGUACCGUAUCAAGUGAUUUACAAAUUGGAUAUAUUGCCGAGCAAUGUUUGAAAGCAGAACUUGGAACAUUUUAAAAAACUGAUCAUGUCGAAAUUUUCCUUUUUAUGUUGUUGAAUUUUAACUACCUUAGUAUUU